AACUUAAGAUCUCUAUCAUGUAGAUUCAAACUCUUUAUUCACUGGGACAUCCCCUAAGGUCUUUGUGGGCUCCACCAAUGAAGGGGAUGGGGUUUGUUAACACUACCGCCAGUGCUGUGUUGGUGCUGGUGCUACCGGUGGUGUGGCACUCUUUGAUGGCAGUGAUCUUUGUGGGUAAUGGUCUUUGUGGGCUCCACCAAUGGAAGGCGAUGGGGUUUGUUAAUACUACCGCCAGUGCUGUGUUGGUGCUGGUGCUACCGGUGGUGCUGGCACUCUUUGAUGGUAGUGAUCUUUGUGGGCUCCGCCAAUGGAAAGCCAUUAGAUCAAGCAAGGGGCAAGGUGCAAGGGGCAAGGUGCAAGGUGCAAGGGGCAAGGUGCAAGGUGCAAGUGAUCUUUACGCCCGUAGACUAACUAGUAAUGUUCAGAAACGCGGCUACGUUUUGCUAACCCCUCAACUUUUUGUUCUGUGGCAGAUUAGUCCCCCAACUGAUUUCAUGCACAAACUAAUCCUCAACCUCAUCGUCGGUGGCAAAGAAGCCCUUCUACAACGGAUGAUGCUAUCAAUCCGUUAAUUUCCCACCAAAACUUAAUAGACAUACUCUAUUAAACUUUAAAAUGUUUA